AAUUUUGCAAUCAACAUUUCUGACUGCACGCCAUCUACUGAUAGGAAAAACAAUUAAGUGCCAAGAAAUUGAAGUCAUAGACUAGUGAAAGUGUCAACUGUAAAGUCAUUCGAGUAUCGAGUGUCACCCGAUCAAGGUUUUUUGAAAAUCUAAGAAUUACUAUGUCGGAGGCGGAUGAUGAUUGCGAUUUUGAUGAGAAUGCAGAUCCAAACACGAGUCAUGUUUCACAAAGGCGACAAAGCAAUACUAGCACCAGUUCUAAUCCUGUAAAGAAAUUAGCUAUACCUGAUGAAUUCUUCACAUGGGUAGGAGACGUGCCUGGCAAAAAUGCCAGUGUAUAUCGGUGUCUACAUCCAGGCUGCGUCCCAAAAAAGAAAAAGGAUGGUUCUGAUAAAUCACUUGUGGUGUAUCAUAAUUCUCGACACAAUGCAAAAAGGCAUUUCUUGACGAUACAACGUCACACUACCAUCAUCAGCUGCAGUGGAGAGACUUUUCAGUCAAGGGGGACUAAUUUUUACACCCAAAAGACUUCAGUUAACUGACAAGCACUUCGAAAUGUUAUUAUUCCUAAAGGUCAAUAACAACAUGUCAAAUAAGUGGUAAACUCAGACGAGUGAAAAAUUCAUUCACGUUUAUUUUCUUGUUUCAUUUAAUGUUUAAAUAAGAAAAGAAAAUAAAACAGAAGUUUAAAGAAUAAA